GCGGGGGCCGGCCCCGGGGCGGGUCCGGAGGCCCGGGCGGGGCCCUAGGACUUCAGGCCCGGAAGCAGUGGUCGGCUGCCAGCGCCGCUGUCUUGAGUCCGCGAUGGACGAAGCAGAUCGGCAGACCCUCCGGCGGUGCCGGGUACAGUUGGUUAGUGAACUGCAAGUAGAUUCGCUCUGGGACCAUCUGCUGAACCAGGAGCUCUUCACCCCCGACAUGAUCGAGGAAAUCCAGCGGGCAGGUUCUCGGCGUGAUCAAGCUAGACAGCUGAUCACAGAUCUGGAGACCCGAGGGAGUCAGGCCCUUCCUUUGUUCAUCUCCUGCCUGGAAGACACAGGCCAGAACAAUCUGGCUGCCUCCUUGAGAACCAUCCGCCAGUCAUCAGUGAGGAAUCUUGAGACCAUCCGACCCCUGGACCCUGGGCCUCGUGUGCUUGCACCUAUUAACUUCAAGUCUGAGGUGCUCAGGCCAGUGAACGUUGGUCCUAGAGGAAUCGGUGAUGCUCGUGUGCCUGAGAAAUCAAGGGGAGAUGCCAAUUUGGUCUACGUCCUGAAUGCAGACCCAUGUGGCCACUGCCUCAUCAUCAACAACGUGAACUUCCGCACCGAGUCCCGGCUCAAGCCCCGCUCUGGCUCCAACAUCGACUGUGAGAAGCUACGCAGACGCUUCAACUGGCUGCAUUUCCAAGUGGACGUGAAGUGUGACCUCACAGCCAAGAAAAUGGAGCAGGCGUUGAUGGAGCUGGCGCAGCGUGAUCACCGUGCUCUGGACUGCUGCGUGGUGGCUAUCCUCUCUCACGGCUGCCAGGCUAGCCACCGCCAGUUCCCGGGGGCUGUCUACGGUACAGAUGGGUGUUCUUUGUCUGUGGAGAGAAUCGUGAACAUCUUCAACGGAGCUGGCUGCCCCAGCUUGGGAGGGAAGCCCAAGCUCUUCUUCUUCCAAGCCUGUGGCGGGGAGCAGAAAGACUAUGGAUUCCAUGUGGAUUCCACGUCCCCCGAAGACAGAGCCCCUGGUGGUCACCCUGAGGCUGAUGCUGCCCCAUUCCAGAACGACGCAGGGACCUUCGACCAGCCCGACGCUGUGUCCAGUUUGCCCACGCCCAGCGACAUCUUUGUGUCCUACUCCACCUUCCCAGGCUUCGUCUCCUGGAGGGACACCAAGAGCGGGUCCUGGUACAUUGAGACCCUGGACAGCGUUUUGGAGCAGUGGGCGUCUAAGGAAGACCUGCAGACCCUCCUGCUCCGGGUCGCGGAUGCUGUGUCGGUGAAAGGGGUUUGCAAACAGAUUCCUGGCUGUUUUAAUUUCCUCCGGAAAAAACUUUUCUUUAAAACGAGAUGAGGCCAGGACCCUCCACACACCUGCCUUUCUUCCACACCAAACCUUCCUGCUUUAGCCUCAGAAGGCAGGACGUCCCCACAACUGCCAUUUUGCUCUUUGACGGAUUCAGAGCCCAUGGAGGGUCUGCUUGUUCCUGAUGGGGCUGCCACAGGCCUUUAGUGGCAUCCCAGUGGUGGAGGAAGAAGAGGAAUGGAGCGUCCUGGGGCCCCUGUGCGUUCUCUAGCACAGAGCGUCUCAGCCUCAGCUCUGGGGACUCUGGGGCCACUCUUUGCUCUGGCCAGCUGGCCUGCCAGGUUUAAAGGGUCUUUAUAGGGUGUUUAUAGGAUCUUUACCCACUGGAUGCCAUAGCACUGAUGUGAGUCAUAAUGACUGAAAUGUCUUUGGAUGCUUCCACUUUUCCCCCUGGGAGUCAGGGUCCCCCAUUGGAGAACCACCGAAGUUUCUCUAGAUAAAUCUAGCUCCAGAUAAACCAACUACUCUCUUCAAGAGCAUGUUUGGAGCAAAGUGUCUGGAUAACUAGAAUUUGUGAGUCUUUAGU